ACCUGCAUCUGCAACAUCGACUCGCACCCCUCCGGCAGCUGUGCACGCUUGAAUUCCGUCGAAACUUGACAGUUACAAAGUGCGACAUGCGCGUUAACGCCAAGCACCUCGCUGAUUACCAGAACGAGAUGGUAUGCCUUGUCGGCAGGUUCCUCCAGUGCAAACCCAACGGCAUGUCAUUCAAGAUGGAAUCCCCAGACAAGAAGGUUGUUCAAAUAAACCUCAAGGAGCCAAUCCAAGAACCACUGGAGGGCAUCAUCGAAGUAAUUGGUAAAGUGACUGCUAAGUUGACAAUUUUCUGUGAAAGUUACGUGGUCUUUCCACCUGAAUUAGCUGAAAACUUCGACAUGGACGCUUACAACGAUUUUGUUGCGACUCUGAAGAAUUUCAAGGAUAAUUACCCAGCUACGCCCUAGGCAGCAGCAUCCAUCCUCUGGCAUUGUAUUUUUACAUUUCUACAUAUUUUGAACGUGCAGAAGCACCUGUUUGCCCUUUGUACUAUAACGUUUCUAUUGCGUUCUCACCACUGUUGCAAAUUAAACUUGUGCUUUUUGUUUUUUGAGCUGAAAAAAAAACAAAGAAGUAAAGCACCUCUUGGGCCUUUGUACCAUUACUUAUCUAUUGCGUUGUCACCACUGUUUUAAAGAUUUGUGCUUUUGUGUUUCGAGCUGAAAAAACCAAAAACGUAAAACGAGGAACCCAAUAAAGUCUGUACAUAUA